AUGCUUGAAUAUUUUGACAGGUUUCAGGUAACAGGGGAUGGGAAUGGGGAUGGGCAUGGGGGUGGGAAUAGGGAUGGGCAUGGGGAUGGGACUAAUUAUAGGCAUGAGGAUGGGCCUAUGGAUGGUAAUGGGGAUGUGACUAUUGAUGGGAAUGGGGAUGGGAUUAGAGAUGGGAAUGGGGAUGCCACCAGGGACGGAAAUGUGGAUGGGACUAGGGAUGGGCAUGGACAUGGGACUACGCUUGGGCACGGGGAUGUGACCACUGAUCAGUAUGGGGAUGGGGAAAGGGCUGAGCAUGGGGAUGUGAGUAUUUAUGGAAAUGGGGAUUGGCGGGAUGGGCAUGUGGAUGGGAUUAUGGAAGGGCAUGAAUGUGGGGCCAGGGAUGGGCAUGGUGAUAGGACUAGGCGUGUGACGAUGGGAUAG